UGACUGUUGAUGUGACGGAAGUUGGUGAAAAUGGGAACCAGCUGGACAACCCCAGUGGCCGUAAUGGGUACCCGGGUCCGGACACCUUUUUACCCCAUACAAACGUCAAUACUUUAAGGCAUAUUUGAACCUUUUUUGUUUAAAAUAUUUUAAAUUUUAAGCAAUAUUGAUCGGUUCAAUGACUAACGUCUAUGUUUGAAGUUUAUUUUGAUCUGCAUAGUUAACACGAGGCCAGGUAUUUGAGUUUUUUUUAUUUUUCUUUUCCAUAUAGUUAGCAAGAGAGUAUUGAGAGUUUAACUAGAUAGUAGUGGUCAUCACCUUUGCUUUGUUCCUAUAAAGAAGGGCUAUGAGUCAUAAUUUUGUUGGACGUAUUCAGAUCCACUUGGCAUUACCCAAACUAUCUUUCCCUUUUCUUUCUCCUCUCUCUGUUCCUCUGUUCUGUUCUGUCUUCUUCAUCAAUCUGAUUUGUUACUCUAUAUUUUAAUCAGUUGAAAACUAAAUUCUGCUUAAAUCUGAUGAAAAUAGAAUUCCCCAUCUCUAUAGACAAUUCAGUCCCUCAGAUUUUUACAUUCCAUUACCUUUAACACUUCCACAUUUUCACAAAUGAUUAGAGUAUCAGGUUUCCUCCAAAUACAUGUACAUUAUUCAUGUAAUAAUCCCAGUCUCACACUUAGGUGAUUUUUUGUUCUAGAUCUUACAUAGAUCUAUCUUGUUUUUCGGUUAAUUACUCUCAAGUUCUGUGUUCUUGAAAUGGUGUACGAUAUUAGACGAGGUAUUUUAACAUAGGAUUAGGAAUCACAUAUUGGAAUAGCAAAUUCCGUUUUGUUGAAAUAUAUGAUUAUAUCAUUACUCCUUAGAUCAUAGUGCUAGUUAGGUCAUAUACAAACUAAAUAGCCUGUGAGUCAUCUCAGAAAAUGAAGCAUGAACCACAGCAAAAUCAGAUCAUUUCAGCAAAACAUUUCAAUUCUCAAAGGUACAUUCAUAGCCUUAUUGUCUAUUUUCUAUUCUUUGGUUCCGGUUUAGUUAUAGGAAUAUCACUAAGCUUUUAUCUCAAAGAUGUUCCAAUCACAUUAAAGAAAAAACUAUUUUCCGUGCAACCAUCACCUCCACUUAUAGUACCACAAAAAUCACAUCCUCCUCCAUAUCCUCCAUUGAGUAAUUUGCCUUUGCAUCAGCAACAACAACACGUGCCAGUGACUAAUAAUAAUGAUCGUCGUGUCAACAAUAUUGAUAAAAAGAGGAAAAGGGGUGGUGGUAGAAUAGGAUUAACAGAUUAUAUUAAGCCUCCAGAAACCAUGCAUGACAUGAAAGAUGAAGAAUUAAUAUGGAGAGCUUCAAUGGUUCCUAAAGUUAGGAAAUUCCCAUAUAAUCGUACCCCAAAAGUUGCAUUUAUGUUUCUAGCAAGAGGAAGUUUGCCAUUGGCUCCACUUUGGGAAAGAUUUUUUAAAGGACAUGAAGGGCGUUACUCUAUUUAUAUUCAUUCUCAACCAUCUUUCAAAGGAGAUGCACCUGAAGAAGGACCAAUUUUUCAUGGUCGAAGAGUACCAAGUAAGAGAGUAGAUUGGGGAGAAUUCAGCAUGGUUGACGCAGAACGGAGGUUACUAGCCAACGCCUUACUUGACAUGGCAAAUGAGCGUUUUGUGCUUCUUUCCGAGGCUUGCAUUCCUUUAUAUAAUUUUACAACCAUCUACAACUACAUCAUGAACUCCACGAAAACCUUCGUGGAGUCCUAUGAUGAAUGGGGCCCCGUUGGACGGGGUCGCUAUAAUAGCCAAAUGACACCAUGGGUGACAAUCGAGCAAUGGCGAAAAGGGUCCCAGUGGUUUGAGCUUGACCGGGAGAUCGCCGUGGACGUGAUCACGGAUCAAAAGUAUUUCAAUUUAUUCAAAGAAUUUUGCAGGCCAGCAUGUUAUUCUGAUGAGCAUUACUUGCCAACUUUUGUCACCAUGAGGUAUUGGUGGAAAAAUGGUAAUAGAACGUUGACUUGGGUUGACUGGACAAAAGGUGGACCGCAUCCCACGAAGUUUGCUAGGACUGAGGUGACAAAAGAGUUGUUACACCAAAUGAGAACAGGAAUUCAGUGUGAGUAUAACGGAGAACCUACAAGUAUGUGUUACCUUUUUGCAAGAAAGUUCUUGCCUAGCACAUUGGAUAGGCUUUUGAAGUUUGCUCCUAAGGUCAUGAUGUUCGGUUGAUCUGUAUUUUGUACAAAUAAUCCCUCACAUCAUAUCGCUUCGACAUGUUGGGACUUGUGCCUAAAGGAAGGGUCAAGUGAUCGCACAGAGAAUAGUGGCCAUCCGUUUGAUUUGUUUUUUUCAUAAAGGUAAUCCAGACGACGCACAAUUUUUCCUAACAUUGUUUUCAGUUGCAGGAGCUAGUUUGGAUCCAAAUUAAACCAAAAGCAGAUCCAAUGCCUUGUAAUUCUUUUAUUUUUCUUGAAAUUUUAGUUGAUUUUAUGUAGUAGGCCUUUUUUUUUGGUCGGAUAGGUCCUACCUCAUUUUCAAUUGGGCAACAUUGAACGAAAGUCACUGUUAUGUUCUUUUUAGUUAGUACAAUUGAUUGUCUGUUGUGGGUGGAGAUAGAUUAAAAUUUAUACUGGGAAUUGUUAGAUUAAUUAAAUUCUGCUUGGAGU